AGUAAGAGUGGGGUAAUUUCAUAACUUUUUUUCAUAGUUCAUGCUCUAAAACUUGUGACAUUGUUGAUGUUUACAAACUCGUUACAUAUCUCAUUUGGUGGCAUGCAGUUACUAUAUGAAGCAGCUGUAAAGAAUGCACUAGACCUCGCCAUUCAUGAGAAAGGAUGCAUAAACUUGAAGAACUUCAUAAGUUCUAGCAGAGGUCCUGGAAGAGGUCAACUCCUACAACUAAUCACAGAAAGUUCUGUCUUCCUCUCUCAAGAUCCUUUCGGGAACUUUGUGGUGCAACAUGUCCUGGAACUAGAAAUCCCCACCUUCACUAAAGAAAUUUGCUCUCAGCUGAGAAGGCCACUUUGUGAAGAUUUCAAUGCGGAAAGCUGGGAGCCAUGUGGUGGAGAUAUGCUUGAUGUCUCGAGGGAUGGAACUUGUGGUUCAGGAUUUCAUUGAUAGCAACCAGCUUCAGCAUGUUGUCAAGGAUCAAUAUGGCAACUAUGUUAUUCAAACGGCACUAAAAGUCACAGUGAUACAUUACAGCAUCCUUUAUUAGCCACAGCUUCUUUUGCUUUAUAUUUGCAAUUCUGAUUUCCUUUGUUUAACUUGUCAUGUUUUUCAGAUCGCAAAAAGUCCACUUUUUGAUAAAUUUGGAGCCAAAUUUCUGCAACAUCACAAUGUUAUGAUGAAAGGCCAUGGAAGGAGUGUUCAAAAAUGUUUGAAUUUAGGAGUCGUCCAAUGUUGAUAUCUGUUGUUUUGUUCACACAAUUUGUUCAUGAAGAGGUUCACUUGUUUCAUUUUCUGCAGCUGUAACAAUGGUCUAUUCCAUAUUGGACGAAACAUUGUUUUGUUUUCUAUCUCAAAUUCAAAACUAAGGACGGUUGAAUUCAAAUGUAGUUAUGCUGCUUUAUAGAAGCAAUGAUGAUUUUGUUUGGAGGGCACAGCAUUGGUUACACUUUAUUCUGCAUAUUCAUUCUCUUUACUCAGUAUACUGCAAUUUUGAUCCUGAAAUGAAUGAAUGCAAACUUU